AUGGGUGCGGCGGGUUCGAGGCUCGAGAAAGCUCUCGGAGACCAGUUUCCAGAAGGCGAACGAUACUUCGGCCUCGAGAAUUUCGGAAACACUUGCUACUGCAACAGCGUUUUGCAGGGGGUAUAUGGGAUUAUCCCACCACCAAGGCCCCAGCUUGUUGAAGAGCUUAUGUGGGACUGCCUUGCGUACUUAUUAGUUAUUCAAAUGAAUAUCGAUGGAUCUGCUCGCAGACAGAUUGCUCAAGAACUCAAAAUUAAUCAAUCAUCACAAUGUCAAAAUGUUGUGGUGUGUUACCAGUCCUUUUAUGAGAAUGGUGCCAUUUCUAUAAUCUUGGAGUACAUGGACGGGGGUUCUCUACCAGAUUUCUUGAAACAUGUCAAAACAAUUCCAGAACCUUGUCUUGCUGCCAUCUGUGCUCAAGAGGAAGUGGUACCUUCAGCAUGA